GAGGGGGGAGGCUAGCAACGAAGAGGGGCAGGGAGCAUCACGCAAGCGAGGACUACGGUAGCAGCGGCGGCCAAGCGGUCGGCCGUGCGUGCGGCGAAGGCGACCGGAUCCCAGCGGCAAAUUAUGGUGAGGUCUGCAGGCUGCUCUGCAGGCACGCCCCGUGCCGGCCAAUGGGGUGGGUGACUCGGCACGUGCGGAGGGUGCGGCCCCUCCGGUUCCUGGCGCUCGCCUGCCUGGUCACCUUCGUGUGGCUCCAGAUGCGCCUCACGCUGCUGGGACAGGUCCCCAUCGAGGAGGGCUCGCCGGGAUCCUCCGCAUCCUCCCCGCCGAACCACACGUGGACCCUCUUCAACAGCACGCGGGAAGUUGAGAUCCUGCGCGAGUAUGUCGCGCAGCUCAACCAGGCACAGAUGGUCCACAACCUGGAGCUGUUUGGACCGCUGCAGCCCGACGACCCCGUGAUAGUGAUUCAGGUGCACAACCGGUGGCACUACCUGGUGGCACUGAUCGAUUCACUCCGCGCCGCACGUGACAUCAACCGCACCUUAGUCAUCUUCAGUCACGACGAGUACAGCCCUGUUGUCGAGAGCCUGCCAUACAAAGUCGACUUUUGCAAGAUGAUGCAGAUCUUUCUGCCCCACUCCAUCCAGCUGUACCCGAACCAAUUUCCCGGCCAAAACCAGAACGACUGUCCCCGAAACAUUAAGAAAGAAGAUGCAAUCAAGCUGGGAUGCAACAAUGCCUUGCACCCGGACAGUUUCGGCCACUAUCGAGAAGCCAAGUUUUCCCAGACGAAGCAUCAUUGGUGGUGGAAGAUGAACCGUGUCAUGGAUGGCCUGAAUGUGACGAAAGAUCACGCUGGACCGUUCAUUCUUUUAGAAGAGGACCACUACGUCACUCCCGAUUUCCUGCACGUACUGCGACUUAUGAAAGCUGAACAGCAAACCAGUCACAAACAGUGUUCCAUGUUGGUCCUGGGAAGCUACGCUAAGUCCUUCAACUAUCACAUUACCGGAAACCAGGUUGAGAUUCUCCAGUGGUCUUCCAGCAAGCACAACAUGGGAAUGGUCCUCUACAGAGAUCUUUGGGCCACAAUCCGCGACAACUGUUCAAACAUGUUCUGUCACUUUGAUGACUACAACUGGGACUGGUCGCUGUACCGGGUCAGCACGAUGUGCCUCUCGGCACCCAUCCAGGCCAUGGUGGUCAAGUCCACCCGCGUCUUUCACACCGGCGAGUGUGGCGUGCACCACCGGAGUAAGAACUGCUCGAGUCAGAAGAUGGUGCAACAGGCGAGAAAUGUGAUAGGCUCCGCCCGCUCGUACUUGUUUCCCAAGGGCAUUCAGGUCAAGCGCGGCAUGCAGCGCAACCUGAAGCCGCCCAAGGGUAACGGGGGCUGGGGUGACGUCCGAGACCACCAACUCUGUCUUAGAAGCAGCUCUGUCUCCACUGUGCACAGGUAGCACCCGCAGCGUUGUGGGUAUCCACCUCCACUCUUCCAGUCGUCUCUCUUCUGGUACGAAAGGUAUCUUUCCAGCUCGCGUUGCGCCGAGGUUGCUACACGGCAGCGUGUCUCGAGGGGAAGAGGCAUCUCGGCUCUGAGGUGAUGCUUUCCUUGUUCAUCUAGUGGUGUUUUAUGGAGUGUAUGUGUCAUAUGAUGGUACCUGUGAAGUUAGGUCUUGUAUCUCUCGGAUUUGCCUCUUCCAGUUGCGCUGCAGUUCUGAGUAGUCGGCCUCGUGCAGGAAUUGAAAUACGGGCGAGUUUGUAGAAAUUUGUUUUUUACAAGUAGGGGCAAGACUUGAAGGAACAGGAAGCACAAAUGAGUGGUAAAUUUGGACCAAAGGUUAUUCUUAAAAAUACCACCUAUGUAUCGAUCAACACUGAUCCCAACAGUACAUCGUCACACAUUUACACCUCCUCCCGCGGUCAUAGAGAUAAAGGUUAAUGUACUUUAUCGUUACGAGCACGGGAUGGCUGGAAAAAAUGAAAGUUCCGGGCAGUAAAAAUAGGUGUUUUUUGCCACUUGUUAAGCCCUGUCUUUCUCUGCUUCGAACUCUACCACAACUUGUGCAGGUAAAUUGAAGAGGCCUUUCUUAUACUAACUGAUGUCUCAACUGAAUGUUGACAGUAUAAAAAUAAUGAGAGUACACUCCACAAAUCGCACACGAAUGUUGUGGUCAGGGUCUACUACCAGCUGUUUUUUCGUUGCACCCUAAAUAAUACAACUAAUUAAAUUUUCUCUCUUUCUCGUGGCAAUCCAAGUGUUAAUCAGAAAUUUGUUGGCUGUUUGUAAAGGCUUGGAUUGGCCUAUUCAUCAUGAGGUAAUAGUUUUUUACUUAGAGAAGGACUGCAUUCAGAGUGCAGCGGAAUCGGUAGCUGUGUCUUUUUUCUUAUCUCGUAGGCUUGCUUUCCGUGCUUGUGAAAAACUGGGCAAAUCUCGUGACAGCUACUUGACUGAUCUUUAUCAUGAUAUGAUGCUUUCCGAAUGACACCUUGGCCAUUAGGUGAGCUACGCAGUAAAUCAGGUGAUUUUAUGAAAGCCAAGGAGUUCGUUAUCGGCAGAAUAGCUCUUCUUUUAGCUGCUUUAAAGGACUAUUCAACAUUACCACAAGCAUCAGAUGACGACACUGCCGUGCUUUCUUGCUUCAUGGCAGCUGCUCUGAAUUGUCUGCGAAGUGUCACUUGAAUAUCAACAGUACGUGUUAGAUUCCGUUGUAGACGUCUGUAAAAAUUACUUACUACUUUUGUUAAAAGUACAUGUUGGUGGGUUAUGCAUGGUAUUACUGGUUAUGUUUAUCUACGGAACGUCGUAGUGAGCUAACAAAUGUGAGAAAGCUGCACUGAUACAUAUUUUUGUUCGAAGGAACAGUUUUAGCUUGUGGGUAACGUUCCUGAUGAGGAUAUCCAUCUUUGGGAAUUAUUCUUAGCCAGCCCCCGCAGCUCUUUUAUGGUCCUUAGAAGCAGUGUUCCUUUCAGAAUUGGCCAUCUUCUUACACUUUUUUGGAUGUCAACACAGUUUAUUUAUUGCCUUACGAAAGAGUUCAUUGAGGUGCACAACAUAUUGCGAAGCACUUUCAAGGUAGGCAUUGUCUUAUUGCGUUUUAGUGGAAAAGCCCAACGGUAAAUGUUUGUUGAUUCUUUCGUUGGUUGUUUGAUGCAGCACUUUUUAAUUAUUCGAGGCACUUUGAACAUUGUGAAUGUGGGUUAAUUAGUUAAUGCUUUGAGGUCUGUUGCAGUUUGUUUUGUAGCACUUCGCUGCAUUAUCUUGUGGCACCCAGAUGACCUACAACUUUUGUUUUGCUGGCUUGGCCAUCUCGGUUUAUUCUGCGAGUCAUUCUUAUGUCGCAGUCUACAGUUCGCUGCAACACUCACUAGCGGGCGGUUGCUGUUUUUGAAAUGCCCAAAAACUUCCUAAAGUGUCGUCCUAAAACCAGUUGCUUUUUAGAUGCCCAAAGAUAUUGUUUCCAGUACUAUAUUGCCUUUUUAUGCUUGUAUAUAGAUCUGAUUAUUGUCGUUAGUUCUUUAUUCUCGUUCUGUUUUCUUGUUUGCGUUUCAUUGCAUUUGUUGUAAUAUCUUUUUACACCUGCUGUUUGAUUCUUUAUUUUUCUUGCUGGGACAGGGUGAUUGCGUUGUAUGUUGCCAUAUUUUUCUGCGUGGUGUAUAGCCCGGCGAGCACUACGCAGCGAUUUGUGCCAGAUGUGUCUAAUUCAUUUUAUACCAGUGUUCUCGUGCAGCAUAUCAAUCCUGUACACACUUAAAAUUUUUUAAUGUAUGUUUCUUGCUGAAGAAGGAACUGAGCGCAAAGGCAGCGACAUGCCUGUCGCCUUUAAACCCAAUGUCGUUACAACUUUCGGUGCUUUUUUUAACCAAGUCAUUUUAUCUUACUUAGUACAUGUUGCAGCAAGAGUUCUCAGGAUCUAUUUCUUCAGGAACUCUAUAAGUGUUUGAGGGUGAAAUUUGUGAACGGGCAUACUGCCUUGGGUAUAUCUAAACUUAUUUCAGUGUGCACUUAAGCUGGGCAAAGCUUGUUCUGUAGUACCUGUUGAAGAUUGUAUAUAAAACGACCAAGUAUUUUUUUCACAGAAAUAUUAGGGAAUUUCAAAUUGGGGAGUUUUCAAAAGCCCUUUGCGUACGAACGCUUUUGGUCAAGCAGGAGCGAUGAGUUUUC